AGUGAGGGAGAGAGAAAGAGAGAGGUAUCUAACUUCAGCAGAGAGGAAGAGGGAGUAACAUCUGGAGAUAAGAAACCUUCACACUGAGGGCCAGCCUGCAAAAAUUUCACGUCUGCUAUCAACAAUCCUGCAAUAACAGCAGGCGGAAAAAGCAAGAAGUGGUCCACCAAGACCCUCAGCAAUUUUCAAGUGGUCCACUGUGGGAGAAACUUGGGAAUCACUGAACAAGGUUUGGUUUUCUUAUAAGGAGAGCAUCCUGGGUCUUCUGGUGUUUUGCAAUUGCAAAUGUACAGGUUGAGCAGGAAAUGCCAAGGUCCUUCUUGGUGAAGAGUAAGAAGGCCCACUCGUAUCACCAGUACCGCGCCGUGGACGAUGGUCUCCUUGUGCCAAAAUGGGAUCCGGCGACAGCAACACCCUACCCUAGAGUCAUUCAUGGCCACAAUGCCCCCGAGGAAAGCAAGGCCCUCAGCACAGGUUACCCACAAUGCCCUGCUCCAAAUGACAAAAAUGAGUCCAAGGGCAUCCAAGAAGAAAGCAUCCCUUCCCAGAGUAUGACCAGGACGGUGUCAGAGCCUCCAGCAUCAGAGAUGCCUGUCCCGUCUCUGAAACCCAAAGACGGUGGCUCUUUCGAAAGCCCUAGCACUUUUUACAAGCCCAGUUUUGCUUGGAGUGCCUUCCAUCCUCCGUACAGCUACCAGCCAAUGUCUUCUGCCCUUCUGGAGCGCUCUGUCAGCCUGUAUGGGACCCAUCUUCUCCCGUCUUCACAGCCGCCUCUCGAUUACAGCAUGCGAUUCUCACCAGAGAUGGAGACGUACCAUUGUGUGAUAUGUAACAAGAUAUUUUCCACCCCUCAUGGUCUAGAGGUCCAUGUCCGAAGAUCUCACAGUGGCACACGGCCCUUUGCUUGCGAUGUCUGCGGCAAAACAUUUGGGCAUGCUGUGAGUUUAGAGCAACACACCAACGUCCACUCUCAGGAGAAAAGCUUUGCCUGCAAAAUGUGUGGGAAGACUUUCAAGCGCUCCUCCACCCUGUCCACCCACCUGCUGAUUCACUCGGACACGCGGCCGUACCCCUGCCAAUAUUGUGGGAAGCGCUUCCACCAGAAGUCAGACAUGAAGAAGCACACUUACAUCCACACGGGUGAGGAGGUGCCCUCCCUGUGGGCAGGAGAGAAGCCUCACAAAUGUCAGGUCUGCGGCAAGGCCUUCAGCCAGAGCUCCAACCUCAUCACGCACAGCCGCAAGCACACAGGCUUCAAGCCGUUCAGCUGCGAUCUCUGUGGGAAAGGCUUCCAGCGCAAGGUGGACCUGCGGCGUCACCGGGAGAGCCAACACAGCCUCAAGUGAGGGAGAAGGCGGCAGCCAGCUCAGGGGAGGUGGAGAGCGCCAUGACCCCAGGAGAGACUCCUGUAGAGUGAGCUGUUUGCCCGGAAGAGAAUUCCUUCCACUCUACUUGGCCAUGUUGAGAGAGAGAAGGAAGGAUCCAGACCAGCUUGGCAGCAGAACUUCAAAAUAGCUUUGUCCCCUCUAGCAGGCUCAUUGCUAAGCCUCUAUUUUCCCCACCUGUAGAUAGGGAUGUUGGAAGGAAUCGUUUCCCAUUCUGCCCUGUAUUCAUCUCUCGCAGCACUGUUUCUGUUCCGCUGCUGCCCAAAAUGACGUUAUUUGUCUCGCUGUCCUCUGUGGCAAAAUUACGUUAACGAAACAAUUACAUAUGUUAUGUCAUCAUUAUGUUAUUCUACCCUGUUCAUUUCAGUGCAAAGAAAACACAAUGCAAAUGGCAGGGGAGGUGGGAAUGCAAUCAAUUACAUAUCAUUUGUGAACUGAAAGCAACAACAGGAGUGAACAUUGGUCAUAUUUGCUGGAUUGAUUUCGGUUCUGAACCUGGAAUGCAAAAGCAAACACUGGCAAUUUCUGCCCUUGUUUCUCUUUCUGUCCGAAUUCUCCCUCUCUGCAGACUAGGGAUGGGCGAGAAUUUCCAUUCAGUUUGCAUUUCAAGCCCAAACUAACAAAUUCGUCCUUUCCGAAACAGGAAGAGAACCAAAACACAACCAUCCUUCGAAAUUGUCACUUAUUCAAAUUUUGUUAUACGCUUCGCCAACCAAGCAAUGCUUACAAAAAAUGCAUGUGUUAGGGGAAAGUGUGCGUAAAAAAGGAAUAUAUGUGUGAAAAUAACAUGCAGACAUGCAUGAUAUGACAAGAAACAGCUUACAAUGUGUUUAUUAGGGGAACUUUGCACUAAAACACUGAAGAAUUUUCAUUAGUUUUUUUUUUAAGUUGAAAAUUGUGACAGAAAUGUGGAGAACUCAAUUUAAGAUUGGAAAAAUGAGACAUUGAGAGGACAGAAAAUUGACAGAUCGUUCCACUCCUACUGGAGCACAGAUUCUCUCCUCCUUCGAGAGACGCCAGUGAAUGUCAAUAAUGUUAAGCGAGAUGGGCUGACGGUCUGUCUGACUUAGUAUACGGCACUUCCUAUAUUCUUCCUGCAAGGCAUGUGCUCUGUCGCUGAGCUAUGGCCCUUCCCCAAUCAGUCUUCUGUCUGCAAAACUGUCAUGGCUUCCCCCAAAGAAUCCUGGGAAUUGUAGGUAACUGAGAAUUGCCUGGAGGGGAUUCUCUACUAGUCUUUUCCAACAGAACAGCACCCAGGGCACUCUAUCAAAGCUUGGAAAAGUUACUUUUUUUGAACUACAACUCCCAUCAGCCCCAGCUAGCAUGGCCAGUGGAUUGAGCUGGUGGGAGUUGUAGUUCAAAAAAGUAACUUUUCCAAGCUCUACGACUGUUAAACCCGUUUUGGCAUGUUGUGCUGAGAAGCUGCACGAUUAAGCAGUGUUGCAGCAAAGAUCGUGAUGGGUAAAUGUGGGCCCACAUUGCCACCCCCCCAAAAAAAAACACCUUGUUUUCUGCCUUCUCAAAGAAAACUGUCCAUAUGUAUUUAUCCUGUUGUAUAUACUUUUUGGAAUAAAUCAUGCAAUCUCUU